AUGUCAUUUAAUAUAUUUAAAGGAAUAAAUAGAAUUACAACAACAACAAGUUGUAUUGUUGGUAAUCAACAACAACAAUUCAGUUACCUUGCAAGAGGCUAUUAUACAGGAGGACAUCCAAAUUACUUUGCAACAUAUGAUCAUGAUCCUAUGCGUAAAAAGGCAACUACUAUUCUAUCAGUUAGACGUGGAGGUAAAGUAGUUAUUAUUGGAGAUGGUCAAGUGACACAAGGACACAGUAUAGUUAAACCAAACGCUAAAAAGAUUAGAAAGUUGCAUGAAGGAACGAUCGUUGCAGGGUUUGCAGGUAGUGUAGCAGACGCAUUCACAUUGUUUGAUUUGUUGGAAAAGAAAUUGACAGAACAUCGUGGUCUCUUGACAAAGAGUUGUGUGGAAUUGGCACAACAAUGGCGUACCGACAAGUACUAUAGAAAGUUGGAAGCAUCGAUCAUUGUGGCCGACAAGGACAUUACUCUCAACAUUGAUGGCAAUGGUGACGUGUUGGAGCCAAACGAUGGUGUAUCGGCUAUCGGAUCAGGUGGCGAGUUUGCAUUGGCUGCUGCUCGUGCUCUAUUGACAGUACCCGAGCUGUCUGCAGAGGAAAUAGCACAGAGAUCAAUGAAAAUUGCAGCCGACAUUUGUAUAUACACCAAUCAUAAUUUCAUCAUGGAAACUAUCGAUUUUACCAAUAAUCAAUCAUCAACCACUGUGGUUAUCCCUCCAAGUAACGACAAUUCAACUGUUACCACAACAACCAACUCUAGCACUCAAGGAAAUAGUACAACCGUUGUUGAUACCAAUCCACUGUCCCAAUAA